CUCGUAGGGCUUGCUUCACCCCAGUCAGGCUCCAGCGCUUCCAGCCGGCAGCAGCACCGAGCUAACAAGUCUUUGUGAGGAGAGAGAGGGAGAGGCAGAGAGGAAGGGGGGUGCAGAGAAGGGGAGAAUCAGACGGUGAGAGAGCUGACAGUAUGAGCAUAGGGAGAAGGCAUAAGACAGAGGCAGAGGUGCUCGGUGCUGGACGAUAGUGCCAGAGGCUGCUGGAAACAGAAGAGAGAGAGAGAGUGAGGCAUCAUGGCAGCGCUCACUGCAUCAUCACGACACAUGGGGAUGUUUGGCUGCUGCUGCUGCCGCUGCUGCUGGUGAACACCGUGUGAUGCAGAGGAGAGAGUCGAGGAGGACUUCCUGGAAACCGAAGGCGAGGAAACAGGUGUGACCAGUCUGAGGAGCCACAAGAUGAGUGGGAUCCUGAAGAGGAAGCUCGAGGAGGGCCCUUCUCCCUAUCUGUCCCUGCAGGGGUCUGACGAUGACGAGGUUUCCUGCAGCGACAGCGGCAACAGCAGCGACAGUCUCAACCAUUCUGUGCCCUCCGGACUGCUGGACUCAUCUCUGCAGCAGCAGUCAAAGCGACUGCGAGGCCGCAACGUGCACUUCGAGAGCGUGACAGUCUACUAUUUCAACCGGCGGCAGGGCUUCACCAGCGUGCCCACGCAGGGCGGCAGCACCCUGGGGAUGUCGCCUCGCCACAGCGGGGUGAAGCGCUUCACUCUGAGGGAGUUCGCCAUGGAGCAGAAAAGGAGCCACCGGAACAUGCUGAGGGAUCAUCUGAAAGAGGAGAAACUCAACGCCAUCAAACUCAAACUGACGAAGAACGGCACCGUGUCAUCCUUGGAGGCAGACACUCUGACGCUGGACGACAUCUCAGAAGACGACCUGGACGUGGACAACACAGAGGUGGACGAUUACUUCUUCCUCCAGCCUCUGACUACCAGGAGGCGCAGGGCCCUUCUGCGUGCCUCGGGGGUCCGUCGCAUCGACGUGGAGGAGAAACACGAGCUCCGCACCCUCCGUAUAUCCCGAGAGGAGUGCGGGUGUCGCUGCCGGGGGAUCUGUGACCCGGAGACUUGUGCUUGCAGCCUGGCCGGCAUUAAGUGCCAGGUAAAUGGAACAGUGGUGGACCGCAUGUCUUUCCCCUGUGGCUGCACCAAGGAGGGCUGCAGCAACACCACCGGACGCCUGGAGUUCAACCCGGUCCGGGUGCGCACCCACUUCCUGCACACCAUCAUGAAGCUGGAGCUGGAGAAGAGCCGCGAGGAGCAGUACCAGCAUCAGCAGCCGGAGCAGCAGCUUGUAACCAAUGGCAACGGUUACCAUGGCGACUCCACCUUGGUCCAGCAGCAGCAACAGCAGCAGCCGAACCUGCAGUUCCCACUGAUGAGCGGCACGCCGCACAUUCCCAUCAUGCACCUCCAGAACACAGGUGACACCGAGUCACAUCUGGAUGAAGAGGAGGAAGAGGAAGAAGAAGAAGAGGAGGAGGAGGAGGAAGAGGAAGAGGAGGAAGAAGAGGACGACGAGGAAGAGGACGACGAAGCUUAUGAUGAGGACGGCAGCAGUGUUUGCAGCGGGCUGUCAGACUGCAGCACACACAGCCUGGAAACUAUCGACCCCGAGGAGGGAGAGGAGGACGAGGAGGACGAAGAAGACGAUGAGGAGGAGGAGGACGAUGAGGACGAGGAGGACGACUGGGACUGUUCGCUACACGGAACAAGCCCUCCGCCCUACUCUGUCCCGCUUCCUUCUGUGCUGAGUUACUCUAGCAGCACACUCAUGAGCCUCGGCGGCCCCUUCAGCAACACUCCCCCCAUGCAGCACUACCAGAGAGACGGCUCUGUCAGUGACACUCCGGCCUUCCUCACCGAAAAUGUCAGCGUCACUCCCACGCUCCCCACAGUGGAGUCGGCAUUAGGCUCUGAAAUAAACACAGAACUCAACUGCCAAACAGAGCAGCAGAGCGCUCGCUGCUGUUUCUCAGAGUCCCCGGCACUCCAAACUUCCUCACAUGUAGACACUCGUGAGACUAACACUGCCCCUGCUGGCGGGUCCGACGAACAGCCUCGCUCGACGGACCUCCAGAACAAUCCAGACCAUCAUGACUCACAGACUGAGGCUUCGGCUGAGAGGGAGACGGCGGAGAAAACUGUACAGGAGCAACCGGGACUGCAGACUAACGGAGAUCAGAUGACGUCAGCGGAGAGUGUCUGACUAGUGAAGUGAUUUGGAGGGGAAUCGGCUGCCAUUUGGAAAUCUUUAGUCAAGAAAUGUGACCUUCAACCAUACGAGUAUGCUUUGUUCUUGAUAAGUGCACUUCCAAAGAGAGAAAGGGUCGAACAGGUGUUGAAAUCUGUCAAGAGACAAUAAAUGUCAAGUUCAUUGUUGACACUCAAUAAAACAGUGUUUCUGUACGUUAGCUGUAACUAAAUGGUGUAUAAUUUAUGCUGUUAUAAAGUCCUUGAUCAUGAACGCAUGUUUAUGGGUUGGUGCCUAUGACAGAUCAAAGCCAGAUUUCGAGGUGCUUGUGUUGUUUUACUACUUUCUGUUGUGCUGCUGUCUCAUUCUGCUGCUAAUUAUUCCUAAAUACCUGUCUGUACCGCAUGUGUUCAGUUUACCGGAGAUGUUUCACAGCUUGCACAGUCUGUAAAAUGAUAAAUGACAUUUACAUUGGUAUGAAUUGCUACCAACACACGCCAUUAUACUUCACAGAAAGGGUCCUUUUUGUGCUAAAUUUUAACGACAUGUUAACUCUUGAGUCGAAUAUAUUUAUUGAAUCACUCCUGGAUGAAUUGCUUUCAAUUUGGAACAGCCAUAAUAGCUAUUUUUUUAGAAGAACCCACAAAUAUUUGUUUUUUAAAGCUCUCAAAUUUGCUAUUUUGAUUGAUUCUCACAGCUCUCGUGGUGUCAACUGCAGCAACAGACUACAUAUAAAAGACUGACAUAUCCUUCAGGUUGGAAAAGUGAAAUUUAAAUCUGCCAGCAGGGGGCGACUCCUUAAGCUGAUAAAAUAAUGUAAUUGUAUCGAAGACUAUGAGAAAAUGACCCGACUUCACACUUUAGUCAUUACCUCAGCAACCAUUUUCCUCAUGAUUUCAAGGUGUUAAUUGCUAGCUUCAAGUCAGUGCAGCAUGAUGUUCGUUCAGUAAAUUAUGAUCUCAUUUAAAUAGACAUAAAGCCUCCUUGACUAUUUGUUACCGUUUCACUGUGCGUAGUGUCCUCAAAUUCUCAGUUACAUCCAUCGCUGACUCACAGUUUCGAAACAAACUGGACCAAAGCAAACCAAUACUUGGCUACGUCCAUCUUUUACAUCCAGUCUCGAGUUACAGCAGGCUGAAGCUUUUAGUGAAAAAGCUUCAAUCACCCCACAGUCUGCUACGGCCCAGUACUGAACGGCAAAGGACAACUAGUGAAAAAAAAAAGUGACAAACUAGCUUGUGGAAGCAUUUAGCGGCUACAGAGUCAGGUAUUUCCCAGCAAAAACAGAAGUAAAAAGUGAACAAUGGACAUUAAGUGGAAACAAACCACUGCUAAUGUGUGAAAAUUUCCCUUUCUUUCAGAACUAAUGUAAUUCCCAGUAGCUACACUUUGUGUUCAUGCUAAUUAGCAAAUAUUAGCAUGUCACAUUAAGACAGUAAACAUAUUAACAUGUUAGCAUGCUGGUGUUAGCAUUAGCCUCAACCAAUGGUCACAGAGCUGCUAGCAACUUUCUUGCUGCUAACUUGUAAAUUGUACUGUGAAGUAUGUCAACACUGUAUUAAAAACUUAAUUUUACAUCACCUUAUCUCUAUUUUUUUUCAAGCCAUCAUGUUGACACAGUAUCUCUGCCAUGAAUAUGACCAUUCAUGAAGAUUUCAUUUUACAGCAAUGAGCACAUCAACAUGAUAAACCUUUUCAGUUUGCCGGUAAGAAAAAUUUGUCUCUCAAUACUGCCAAGAACUGGGGGCCAGAUGUACUUUGUGUUGUUUUUUUAAGUGUACAUUUCCAUGAAAGUGUGAAUAAAGGUCAUUUUAACACGAA